AUGCGAUUCCUACGGAUAAACACAUCAGAGCAAGUAAAGUCUAAUGAAUCCGAACCAAACAAUACUCCAACCGGCCGAUUAAAACGACCUCGAAAACAUUCUGAUUGUGUUACAUGGCAGGAGAACUGCGCAAUCGUCGGGAACUCGGGCAUUCUAUUGGGCAGCGAGUGUGGUGACGUCAUCGAUUCUGCGCAGUACGUCAUCCGACUGAAUUUGGCUGACGUUGGCGAGAGAUUCCAACAUGACGUUGGCUCCAAGAUUGACGUCAUGACAAUGAAUCAUGAGCAGAUGUCAUUGCUAACAUCAUGUAUACCAUCAUCCCGUGGAAGAAAACCAUCCAAGAACUGUAAUGAUCUGAUGAAAGGAAUGAACAUAUUCAAGCAACAUAACAGAACCCUUUGGUUCUUCAAAACGUGUUCUUUUAUUGAGGAAAUAAAGGAGGUGUUGGGUCUAAUUCAUGUGAAGAAGGGAUGGGAUUUUAGGUUCGCAUACAGUCCGGGAUUUCCCAUGAAAGCAGCGAAAAGGUUACUUGGAGUGCGAAUCCCAUCAUCUGGCUUUGCUGCGUAUGUCGCAGCCACCCAAUUCUGCCGGGAGAUCUCUCUGUACGGGUUCUACCCGUUCAACCAGACAGGAGGAGCGUCCAUCUUAAAUCAUUAUUAUGACAAACAACGUAGAUCAGGCGCGAAGGAUCCAUAA